UAAAAAUGACCCAACAGUACCAGAAGUUAAAAUGCUCUUGAAGGAGAUCAAAUUCAAUGAAGGAUCCUGGAGUUCCACAAAGAUUGACAAGCCAGUUACAGAAUAUAGCCCCUUUCAGCUCAGAUUACCAGAACCUACAAAAGUGAAUAUCCACACUUUGAGGACCUCCCAAACUCGGCCUGUAUCACCUAUAGUAUUUGCCUCACAAACUUCACGCCGUAGAAGCCCAUUCCAUAUGAAAAGUAUAGCAUUUGCAAAGACCAUCAUCUAUGUCUAUAUCUGAGACAUUAUUUUCCCCAC